AAAAUGUAAUCUGUCACGGUAUUAUUCCAUUUCUAGGUUACCAAUUGCUUUCUGGUCGGUUCACCAUUAGCGGUAUUUUUCACCCUACGGGGAUUUCGUCCUGGUGAGGAAACGGAGAAAGCCGUCAUGCCUCAGAUUGUCUGCGAGAGAUUGUUUAAUAUCUACGAUCAAUGUGAUCCUGUGGUAAGAACCAGUGAAGAAUAUUCAACCAUAGGAAAUUUAUAAGGCCCGUUUGAACUUGCUGCAUGCGAUUUAAUUUCUAGUGUUAAACGCACCUUAAAAGGACAUUGGCAAUAAAAAAAUAGUUUGUCUCAUUCAAAAGAACUCUUAAAAUUGUAUGUUAAACUUUAUUACCGAUUUGUCAUAUCUUGCUUAGUUCUCGAAAUUGGUGUUCUCGAUAUGGUUUUGAUGAUGUCAGGAGUUGGGUUGACUAUAUAAAACUAUUCUAAAAUGACCGAGUAACAUUCCAAAAUUGUUUGAAAUGUUUUUAAUCAUUUCUAAAUUUCAGACAACAACCAGAAACGACGUUUUGGACCCAUGUUGAUCGCUUACUCUCAAGAUAAAAAAAUUAGCGUGACCCCUCUCUUGACGUAACAUGCAUAUCCUCAAUAAUCCAAGAUGGCGAACAGCUCACUUUUUUCAGUCGAAAUAUUUUGAAAACUAAGCAAGAUAUAAACAACCUGUAAUAUAGUCUAAUAUAUAGUUUUAAGAGUUCUUUCAAAUAAACUAAACAAUUUUUCUAUUGCCAAUGUCUUUUAAGUCUUGCUGGUUGAUGUUUAGAGUAUUUUUUCUUUCAUUUCCAGGCUUACAGACUAGAACCGUUAUUUCGUGAGCGCUAUUCAAACAUAGAACCAGUGCAUAUAAAAAGUCAUACAGAGUCAAACUAUUCAUACGAUUCUCCAGAGGAAUCUUUGCAGCCAGACAGCAGCGGAGGGACUGGGAACUGGCUAGUGUACGCCUUGUUAGGACGACCGAAAGGUGGAAACACUGCUGAAUGCAGUACAGAACAAGGGUAGGUUGAUGAAUUCAUUGUGGGGCGUGGCCUUUCAUCUUUAUGAAAUGGAUUCAUUCGAAUCCUUACCUAAUCUCUAGGCAGAACAGUAUGGAACUGAAAAACUAUCCACCAGGUGAUCUCGUGUUCGUAUUUUAGCCAAUCAGCGCUCAGAAAGGGUUGUCCGAAUAGAAAUCCAUUUUGAUGUAUUCAGUCAAUUAUAUCUUUCGUUAUUCUUUAUGAAACUAGAUGAAAUUUUGUAAUUAUGUUUGGUUAUGAGAACUAUAGCUCUGACAAAAAUAUGGAAUCGAAAUAAAGUAUAUUACAGGAGAUAUUCAGUUGUUUUAAUCAUAAAAUGGAUUUCUAUUUGACAACUAGUGCCAGUACUUUUCCGCGUAUCAAGAUCAUCUGGCAGUAUAACUAAAGUUAGUUUAGUUCAGGUGUUGUUCGUAGUCUGCUUUGAAGUACAGUAUUUGACUAUUUGUUAUUAUAUUUCAGACAAACUCCCAGCAGCACAGAUCAGUGUGAUGCCGGCGAUUCAAAUGCAUCCAAAGAAAUGUCAAGCGGUGGAUGGUUUUCACGCAUGUUCUCACGAAGUACUGCCAAAGAUUUUGACGCCCGCAGUGACGACGAAACUGACGGAGAUGAACAUAUUGCUGAGUUAGCAAAACAGAAACAAGGUAUGAGUUACGGUCAGGGUAGUCCUGGGAAACUAAUGGAUGGUAAUAGAUAGCUCAGUCAAUUCUAAACUGCUCUCCUUAGAGGACCAGUAAGGGAGCGGUCGUUAUUUAUUGGGGGUGUACUGUAAAAGGUUGGGAAAUGAAAAACAAAGCAGGUCAAGGGUUGGGUAAUAAAAAUGUGUUGUCAUUUCUAAAGCAUGACUCACUCGAUUAUUGGACUGUCACAGACAGUUGCCAUAUUUCCAUUGCCCCAGCGACUUAACGUUCCAUAGAGCAUCUUGUUUCACUAAUAUUUCUUCUACUUGUUUAUUUUUAGUUCUUUCAAGACGAAUCGACUACACAUUAUGUGAGAACAGAACUCAAUACUGGUCCGCUAUAACAUCGCAUCUAUCAUACUGGAAUUCAAAUGACUUAUGUCGUUUUGUACUGCAUCAGAUAUACUCUGAUAAGGAAUUGAACCAUAGUUAAUAGAAGUUUGACAAGUUGAACUGCAGAUAAAUGUGUGCGAGUUUAGAGUUUAGGCUUGGUCAAACGAGAGGAUUAGACUUACUCCAAAUCUCGCUCGAACUGGCUUCAUUUUUGAUGGGGUCCAUCCAGUCUGUUACGAGAUCAGUUUUCAGAACUGUCCUCAUAAUAAACUGGAUAGACCCAACCUCGUCCCCAGGGUCUUCCUUGUAAUGGCGCGCGACCAUUAAAAAUGACACUGAUCUCAUAAUUUGGACAGACGAAAACCAAUUCGAGGAUGAGAGUUGAUGCAGUGUAGUGUUAAGUAAUUUUCUGACAGUCUGAAGUUUAGUCUAAAAAAUGGGAACAUAUCCAGUUUAGCAAACAAAUCGCCAACGGGAACUGUUUUCAUGACACUUCUGAUCCCACGGUUGCAGGCUGGUGUGUUAUCCAAUCGCAACUUCAGAUUUUAAGCCUCGGUCAACUGUCAGCGACUCUCAUCAGCUUUGAACUGGUUCAGAUUUUGGUGAGAGUUUUCGCUACGCGAGCAGUAAUAUCCAGUCAACUCUCAUGCAACUCUUGUUCUCGUUUGACCAGGCCAUGAGAGUUUUGAUGAGAGUUGAGAUAACUCUCAUGCAAACUCUCGCUUCUCAAUUUUCAUCAACUCUCAUGCAACUCUUGUUCUCGUUUGACCAGGACACAAGAGUUUUGAUGCGAGUCGAGAAAACUCUCAUGCAAAUUCUCGCUUCUCAACUCUCAUCAACUCUUAUGCAACUCUUGUUCUCGUUUGACCGGGACAUGAGAAUUUUGAUGAGAGUUGAGAAAAUUCUCAUGCAAAACUCUCGCUUCUCAACUCUCAUGCAAUUCUCAUUCUGGUCUGAUCAGGGCUUAACGAAAUCUAAAUUGUUCCACAUUUACAAGAACUAUUUAGAAUUCGUUGUAAUAUUUAUUAAUUAGAAAAACGACAUUGGUGAUUUUACUAUUGGUGAGUUUAACACAGUAUAAAUUUCUCGAGUUUCACUUUAAUAUUUGUUAUAUUGAACAAUGUUUUGCUAAACAUAUUAGUAUGUACAAUUGAGUCCUGGUGGAUUUUGUCAAGCAUUCAGAGUAGCAGAUGGUUGAACAAUCCCAGAAAUUUUUGCCGCCAAAUUGGUACAAGACUACUAUGUUGAAAAGCGUUGUGGCUCAUAUUCUUCUCGGUUCUUAAUUUUCAGUCGAACACUUACAAACGUAAAAAUCUCACAUCAUGUAGCAAGUCUGCUAACAAGCCGUCAACUAGUUGUGCUCGCACUGCUUGUCCCAAGUUGUUAACAGGUUUGGAACAAGCUGUUAACAAUUUGUAACAACCUUGUUGAUACUAUCAGUUUUGUUGCAAGGUUGUUCCAACAAGACCGAUACAGUCAUGAUAUAACAAUAUUGUUACAACCUUGUGUCGUCAACCUUGUAACAUUCUUAUUAUAUCACGACUGUAUCAGACUUGGUAGAGCAACUUUGCUACAAGUCUGAUCUCAUCAAGCUUGUUACAAACUUGUUCCAGCAACUAUAGGAACAAGCAUUGCGAACACAACUUGUCGACAGCAUGUGAACAGAUUUGUAACAACUUGUUUGCAGACUUGUAACAACUUGUGCGUUUGAAACAAACUGUUAACAACUUGUAACAAGCUUGAUGGAAUUAUCAGCCUUGUUACAAGACUGUGCUAACAAGUUUGUUACAGCCAUGAUAUAACAAGGAUGUUACAAAAGAUUGACGACAAAAGGUUGUAACAAUCUUGUUAUAUCAAGCUUGUAACGGACUUGUCAGAACAAUGUUGCAACAAGUCUGAUAAUUUCGACAAGGUUGUUACAAGUUGUCAAUAAGUUGUUCCAAAUCUGUUGACAACUUGUGACAAGCAGUGCGAAUACAUCUUGUUGACGGCUUGUUGGCAGACUUGUUACAAGAUGUGAGAUUUUUACGUGUGUAGUUCCUUGUGAUAAGGAACACGACGUUCGUGGGGGCACGUGUUGACUGGAUAUCUUCACGUGAUUCGGAACUAAAUCCAAGAAACUCAAAUCCCUAACCAUUACCUAACUACGUCUGCACCUCAGAUAUUAACAUUAUUUUCUCAUUCUGAUCUCUACCGAUUGCCAACCAUCUGCUCGUGCUUAGUAAAACCUACCUAUUACAAUAAUAAGGUCACCCUUGCUACAUAGUAUAUAACUUAUUUCUAUACAGUAAUUGCAUUUUAUGUAUACCACUUUUAAACCAGUUAAAAGCAUUUCGUUAUAUGGAUAUAACAUUUGUAGUCACGUUUAUAUAGGCGUUGUUUAAUUGGUUUUUUUGUACCCCAUUUGGUUACCCUUGUCGUACAUUGGGCGUGGCCACGUUUGAAGAUUUUGGCUCUCAACUCGGAAUUCGGAUGUAUUGGUCCACCGAGGGUUUAGACUACAGCACCGUAUAGUAUAGUCCGUUUCCAUUUAUCGUGAAUUCAUUAAAUGUAGUUUAUAUUUUCUCCAGUCUCGCGGGAGGAACUCUAUAGAUUUGCGAUGUCUUGAAUGUGUUUUUGAUGGUCGUUUAAAACGUCCAUUUGCCUUAAUCGCUAAAUACCAUUUUCGUCUCGCGCCGUGUUCCAGCGUGCGGUGUACGAGCGAAUGAUAAGUCACGAAUAAACUGUUUCUUUGUGUCACCUUGAACAGAGUGUCAAGUGUGUUAUUUCGC